AUGAUCGCCAUUCAUGCACUGCUACUGCUCUUUGUCGCAAUGAGCUUGGGGCUCUCUCAGCCUUACAUCACCAUCAUCAUGGAAUACCACAAUCUAGCAAGGAAGUCCGUGUACCCUGGCGCGGCAGACAUGCAGACAAUGGUAAGUGAAUUCGCUUAAUCCAAAAUGUCAAAUAAACUAGAUAGGGCAUUCUUUGGAGGAACAUUUCCUACUUUCAUAUUUGUCUUUAGACCUACGACACAAAAUUGGAAAAACUGGCUGAAGAGUGGGUGAGCCAAUGUGUGGACGACCACCCAACGUCGGAAAGAUAUAAGCCGUACGGGCAGAAUUUAGCGACUGCGGGAAAUCGAGACCCCCUCGACAGUCUACACGUUGCAAUGGCUCUGUGGUAUGCAGAGAGAGCAAACUAUCUUGGAAAACAAAAUUACUGCUCCAAAGAGCCCUGUGCACACUACUCCGCGGUACGUCUAUUUCUUUGGCAGAGUUUCCAACAUAUGAAAAAUCACUUUUGUUAAUUGUAAAAUUUUCCUUUUCGCUGAUAUUCAAUAUCGUGUCAGACUAUACUGCUAGAUUUGUUGCAGGUGGGCCUUCUUCUGUCUCACUGUAGAUGAUUUGGUCAAACACAACCAAAGUAGGCUGUUCCUACAAUAGAUGUGACGGUAUAUUCGGCAUGAAGACGUAUCUGUGGGCAUGUCAGUACUAUCCCAGGUAAGUUGAAUGUACGAUCAACUUCCUGUCUGCGCCUUAGGCAGAAAAUUUGGGCAAAUUGCAUUCAUUUAGUUUAGUACUGUUAGCACAUUUAUAAAUUUAGAAAGAGAGACACGCUUUUUUGGAACUAUCAUAUUUAAAUUUUUUAAAAAAUACUUUUAUUUGCAUUGAAAAAAUUGGUUACACAGAACACGUAGCAUAAAAGUGCUUCAUGCGAUAAUUUAUGGCACCUCGAAAAAUCGUCGGUGAAUAAUUUCCAAAAUCCGCGUCAAAUUUCACCUUUGUCAAAACGAUGCCAAGUCAAUGCGUAGAUGACUCCAUUACCGUGGUCAAGACAUGCGAAGAGAAGAAAAAAUCGGUAUAUGACGUGUAAAAUUGGGCAGAGCAUGCAAAUAUAAAAAAUGUCGAUAAGAAUACAAUAGAUCAGAAAGUGGCGGUUCAGUUGAGAAAGCUCGCCAUGUUUGCACAAUCUGGGCUGCAACGCGUUUCAAGGUUAAACUUGCAAUCGUGAUAGACAACAAGAAGCGGACUCUUUCGACAGUCAGCAGACGAAGUCUAGCCUAGGCACCAGUUAUUCUUAAUUCAGCCCUCUAUGGCUUUACCGACAAUGCGGCCCGAUUAGCAGUGAACGCAAUACAACACUGCAUAUUAUGCUGUGCCCUCAUUUCGUCUAAAAUACACAGAUGCUGCUUGUUUGUCAGAGCAAUAGGAGAUCAUGUUGCCGGGGACAGGGAAAGUUAAAUUGUGUCCAGGUAAAUAAAAGGACACAAAGCGCAAGUGUUGGUAAUGGAGGAAAUUGUGUAAACUGCUAAUCUAAGAUUUUUGUCGCGACGACGAAUGCCUAGGCAGAUUUAGAACUGCAAGUCCGUUGGCAGAGGAAGCGAGCAAACUAGGGAAUGUAUUUUAAACUGUUUGUUCAAAAAUGUUGGGUUAACGGCAUUCACAGUAUUUUGACCCAAAGUUCUUACUUUAGUACUCUACGCAAUAAAAGAAAGCAAUGUUUAUCCAAGGAUUUUCUAGCCAUAUCGGAAAGUUUCUAUUGUAUGAUAAAGAUGCGAUUUGCGAUAUACGCAGUUGAGGAAUCCGUUGGUUAACGGUAUUCCUUUAUUGCUCGUGAUAGUUAAUUGAACAAGCCUAACAAGUGGACAUGUGCGAAACGAUACAUUACAUAAUGUAUUUUCGAGUUUACUUAAUGAUCCCGCUGUUAUUUCUAAAUUUCAGAGGAAAUUGGAUAGGUGAGGAGCCGUACAAGAAGGGCGACGCCUGCUCAAAAUGCCGCCGUGGACAGAAAUGCAGACUGCGUCAAUGUCUCUAA